AUGUCCGGUGCUCCCCCUCAGCCGAUUUCCCCUCCGCCUGGUGCUGCAGCGCAGACAGGGUCGGGAGUACGCCGGCACCAUACGAUCACUGCUACUUCGCGUACUGCUCGCAACGCUGAACGCAACACCAUCGAUGAGGAGUCCCAGGAAUGGCACCACGAGGACGUCGGUGAUGCCGAAUGGCCCAGUGCUGUCGGCGCUCUCGGCGAAAAGGGAGGCAACCUGCACCGACAAGCCUCUUUGCCAACUCGCUACAACCGAGCGUAUGGCGCUACUGGCGGUCGCCAAGGCGGCGCUCACACCCCUCGCACCCUGAACAGUCUGACCGCGAUCGACGGUCAGGAGGGCGAAGAGGAAGAUUGGGAGCGCGAAAUGCGCGAUCUUCGCGACGAGGACGGCGCAACAUACUCUGCGGAACAUCCUCAGCAUCAGCAGCUUGUAGAGGCGCAAUCGCAGUCUUCCGGUUCCCCUCUGUCGCCCCACUUUGCGGCAAUCCCCUCGCCGCCGCUUGCUGGCGUUCGCCGUCACCAAUCAUUGACAGCCGCGAGCGCGGCGCCCAAGAAGAUGGCUCAGUCAGGUUUGCGCCGUGCGGGCACGUUGCAGACCUCCAUCCGGCCGCCCGGUCAUCCGCAGACCCCCAGCCCACCUGAACACGAGGAGUACGACGUCUCUGAAGGUUCCCUUGGUCAUGAGGACGACGAAUAUUUCAAUCGGCAACCCGCGCAAUAUCAGAAUCCCACCAGUCCGAUCGGCGGGCGCUCCCCUUGGGGCACUCCUGGCGGUACUGAUUGGCGUGCAACCGGCCAAGCCGGCGCCAUUGACGAUGUUCAGCGCGCUCUCUCGCAGCUAGACAUGAGCGGGCAAGGCCAGGCUUUCCGUCAGGCUAACCCAUACCCAUCUGGCCAGUCUACGCAUCCGCCUCGUUUCAACCCCUCGCAACCGCCGCCCCAGACAUUGAUGUCCGGUGCGCGCCCGCAGGACUUGAACGGCCAGCAGCAACGCAAAUUAGCGCUCGUCACGGACUUUGAAGAUCGCCAGGGCGCCACUACGCCUGGCGGACCAGCCAGUGCAUCCGCGUACGUCCCUCCCAUUGGACAUGGGCCUUCGGGACCCAACCACACUCGCGGAAGCAGCGACGAUCGCGCAUUCAGUGCUUCGGGAACUUGGGACCAGAAAGACCGCCUUCUUGCACAGCGUACCUCGACGCCUAACUUGCACGGCGCUUACACGAAGAACCAAUAUGUGCCGCAGGUACCCGCAAUUCCGGCCCAGUUCCUCAAUCAACAGGCCGGCGCCGGACGCCUCAAUACGAACAUGCCCAACCAGCCGGCGAACUACAACCAGCAGGUUCAGAACUUGCUCAGCUCGCCCGUUGACGUGCCCACGCUCGUCGCAACUAAGGGGUACAACCCGACGAACUUUGACACACGCCCGGCGUUUGCCCGCUAUUUCGUCAUCAAGUCGUACACGGAAGAGGACGUACACAAGUCCCUCAAGCAUGAAAUCUGGAGCUCGACGGAUCCUGGCAACAAGCGUCUUGACAAGGCUUUCAAAGAGAAUGCAGGCAGAGGACCUAUCUAUCUUUUCUUCAGCGUCAACGCGAGCGGUCACUUCUGCGGUAUGGCUGAGAUGUUGACCCCGGUGGAUUACACGCGGUCCAGCACAGUCUGGCAGUCCGAUAAGUGGAAGGGCGUCUUCAGCGUCAAGUGGAUCUUCGUUCGGGAUAUCCCCAACGCCCAGCUGCGUCAUAUCCGCUUGAACAACACGCAGGAGCGCAAGCCGGUCACCAACUCGCGCGAUACACAGGAAUUGCUGCCUGAGGCCGGGCAGGAGAUGCUUCGCAUCUUCCAGACGCAUCCGUCGCGCACGACCCUUCUCCAGGACUUCGCGUACUACGAGCUCCAAGCAAUGCAGAAGCAACAGCAAGUAGAGCAGCCCGCUUCUCACCCGACCUCACCGCAGCCGCCGCACGCUCUCCCGCAACAGCAGUACAUGGGCAUGCAAAACGCCAACAUACAACAGGCGGCUUACGCCAACCAGCUGCAAAUGCAGGCGGCGCAGAUGAACCCAAUGAUGAUGGCCAACUUUAUGAACCCGCAGGCCAUGCAAAGCCUCAUGCGCAACCCAAGCCCGGGCCCUACUCAGGCCUAUAUGGGCUCUUUCCCGAGCCAGUGA